UUCCCGAGGAGCCAAGUGCUUGAGCGUCACGGAAGAGUUCGAGCUUAGGCAAGAUGGCGGACGUACUGGAUCUUCAUGAGGCCGGGGGCGAGGAUUUCGCCAUGGAUGAGGAUGGGGACGAGAGCAUCCACAAACUGAAAGAAAAAGCGAAGAAACGGAAGGGACGUGGCUUUGGCUCCGAAGAAGGGUCUCGAGCGCGGAUGCGUGAGGAUUAUGACAGCGUGGAGCAGGAUGGCGAUGAACCCGGACCACAGCGCUCUGUUGAAGGUUGGAUUCUCUUUGUUACUGGAGUCCAUGAGGAAGCCACGGAAGAAGACAUCCAUGAUAAAUUUGCAGAGUAUGGGGAAAUAAAAAACAUCCACCUCAACCUGGACAGACGUACAGGAUAUCUAAAGGGGUAUACUCUAGUUGAGUAUGAAACAUACAAGGAGGCCCAAGCUGCUAUGGAGGGACUCAAUGGCCAGGAUUUGAUGGGACAGCCGAUCAGCGUAGACUGGUGUUUUGUUCGGGGUCCACCCAAGGGCAAGAGGAGAGGUGGCCGCAGACGCAGCAGGAGUCCAGACCGGAGGCGUCGCUGACCCAUCCUCUGUUGUCCAGGUGUUCUCUCCAGAGAUUCCGUUUGACUAUGCAGCCUUGGAGAAAUAGGGCUGGGGUGGAACUCACUGUGUUUAUAUUUAAUCUCUUACCCUACCUGCUUAGUGUUUCUUUUGAGUUAUGAAUAAAUGUCCAAUUUUUGUUUUCUAAAA